AUGGAUACCACGGCAGCGUUAAUUACGGAGAUAAUCGAUCAGUACUACACCCUGCGGCAAGUGCCUCUACUGCUAGCGAGUGAAGGUAACCCGAUCCAGCUGGAUCUGAUCAACCGCAUCGUCUUUAGUCUGCGGCACCCCAGAUUAAUCCAGUUAAAUUCAACCAUCUACGACUACAGAUCGUGGUCCUACGCCGUAUUUAUUGGCGUAAGCUACGAAAGCUUCCGUCUACACGUCAACCAGCUGAACUCGGAACGGUACGAUCUGUUCGGUUACUAUACGUUUGUCUUGAGUGAGGCCAGCGAAGCUCAAAUCUCCGACGUAUUCAAAGCGUUAUGGAAACUCAAAAUGCUCCGUACCGUACUCAUCGUAGCUAAAGACGACGAGCCGCAGCUGUACAACUAUUCGCCAUAUUCCAACCACACAUGCGGUGAACCCACUAUUCGUCGCAUCGAAAACCACACAUCCAGCGAAUUGUUCGUACAACAACUGAACGAUUUCUACGGCUGCCCAAUCAAUUUAGGAACCUUCGAAACGCCUCCGUUCGUUCACUUCCAGAACCAUUCAAUAAACGGUUUCGAAGGAGAUCUCGCCACUACACUGUCGGGCAUGUUGAACUUCCAGCUAUUGAUCGUAACCCCUCCAGACAACGCCCAAUGGGGAGACCCUCGCCCGAACAAUGGCAGCACUGGAUUGAUGAAGCUCCUCCAGGAUGAAACCGUGCACUUCGGAAUCGGAUGUCUUGGCAUUAUACCACAACGUAACGAGAUUCUCCAACCCGGUAGACCCCACUACAACUCGCGGGUGCUCUUCGCCAUACCGGAGGGGCGUCCUCUGAACUCUUUCGAAAAGCUAUUGCAACCCUUCGAUCGAACCGUCUGGACUGCGGAAAGUGCUGUAAUCUGCGUCAUAGCUGCGGUAGUGCUGAUCCUAAAAUUUGCUCCUAAUGCAAUCCGGGACUUCAUAUACGGAGCGGAUAAUCAGACGCCCUUCCUGAAUGCGAUCAACAUUUUCUAUACCGGGUGUUUGCACAUUGUUCCAAGACGAAACUUUGCCCGAACGCUUCUGAUCCUCUGGACCGUUCACUGUUUCGUGAUGAGCACCGUCUAUCAAGGUCUGCUGUUCAAAUACCUCCAGGAGGAAUCCAACCAUAAACCCAUCGAUGCCAUAGAGGAGAUCGAGCGAUCGGACCUGCACUACUACAUCAACCGAAAUGCCGAUCGAUUCUUCCAGCACAAUCCUAGUCUGCUAAGCCGUAUUCACCACAUCGCACCUGGCAACGAUAGCAUGACUAUAGCGCUAGACUCCAUAUCUAGCCGGAGAGUUCAGGACGGAGUCGUCCUGUGCACCCUCGAGCACAUCGCGUACCACAACAAACAUCGGCUCAGUAUGGGAUUUCUCCGUAGUACACGGGAUAGCCUCAGUUCGUAUCCCAUGGUUAUCUACUACCCGAAGCGGACCUUUCUGGUGCGGGUCUUGAAUCGAAUGGUCGGUCAGAUCGAAACCGCUGGGUUGAUGAACUACUGGGUACGGCUAUAUGGAAACUACAACUUUUUCCCGAAGAAGAUCGACAUCGCACAACCAACGGCCCUCAGCGCUCAACAGCUGAUGGGAUGCUUCGAGUGCAUCUACAUCCUUUGGAUCAUCGGUUGUGGAGUUUUUAUUCUCGAACUGCUGUCCCUGAAACUAAACACCCUGAGACGGUUUAUGGAAUUUCUCGCACAUAAGUAG